UCUCUCUGUUUUGUCACUAAGCUUUUCAGUGCCCAACACUGGACUCAUGCCCACUCACUUGUCCACCCUUUGCAUUCUUCCUUUCUUUGUCUCUUGGCUCUCUCUCUCACUCAAUCACUCUUUCCCUCUCCAUCUCUACUUUACUGAGACCUAAACUGCUACUUUGAAUGAUAGAGGGGACCCAGUGUGUAACGCACACAUUCUGAGCUAAUUUAGAUAGCUGUAGCAGGUUGGAUCAGGAGCCCCUGUCUCUCUCUCUCUAUCUCUCUGUCUGUCCGCUCAUCUGUGGUUGUGUAUGGGAGAGGAGGGCUAACAUGGACUUGGUGGGUCUCUCUCUGCCUCUAUUACUUGUGUUUUGGCAAUGGACAACUACCACAGGCGCCGCCGUGACGUACUGGACGUACACGGGUUCAGUAGGCCAGUCCAAGUGGGCGGAUUACUUCCCAGACUGUGGUGGUAAGGCCCAGUCUCCGGUUGACGUGGCAACGGUCCAGACCCAGUAUGACCCCAGCCUGGGCCCUCUUACCCCCCUCGGUUAUAGCCAGCACGGCAACAAACCCUUCAGCCUCUACAACAACGGACAUACAGUGGUGGUUCCUCUCCCAGGCUGGAUGGGUUUAGGGGGGCUGCCCUGGCAGUUCACGGCCGUCCAGAUGCACCUGCACUGGGGCAAUGGAGCCCCGGAGGCCGGGGGCAGCGAACACACCAUCAACGGUCAGAGCUCCGCUGCAGAGCUGCAUGUGGUGCACUACAACUCAGAGCUGUACCCUAACAUGUCAGUGGCUAUGACCCAGCAGGAUGGACUGGCAGUCCUGGGAGUCCUCAUAGAGACAGGUGAGGAGGCUAACCAGGCCUUUUGGAACAUUCUCAACUACCUGGGUCGCAUCAGACAUGCAGGUGAGACAGCUGGUCAGAGUGUGUCCAUCCCAGCCUUUGAUGUCCAGUCCCUCCUGCCCUCUGACCUGGGGCGGUACUACCGAUACAAUGGCUCUCUCACCACUCCUCCCUGCUUCCAGAGUGUCCUCUGGACCCUCUUCACAGAGACCGUCAAAAUCUCACACACACAGCUGAUGAAGCUGGAGACAGUGCUGUAUGCCAGUAAGGAGGACGCUGACCGCGUCGUCAUGCAGGACAACUACCGUACACCCCAACCACUUAACGACCGGACCAUCCUCUCAUCCUUCCCAUUAGAAUCAGUGAAGGUGUACACUGCCGGAGAGAUCACAGCGAUAGUAAUAGGAGCUCUGUGUGGCUGUGUUGGUGUGGCUGUCAUCAUUCGCUUCAUAGUGAAGACUAUACGCUCCACCUCUAGCUGGGACGUCCUGCCCAGUGUCCGGCCCGCCCCCGUGCCCAGGACUAUGGAGCCAGGGAAGGAGCUGAAACAGGACGUGGCCCUCAACACGACCACUGAACCAGGAAAAAAAGAAGAUCCUGUCCCCCCCUCAGUCUGAGACCAAUCAGGGACCUCCAUGAACGAACCCCCCCCACCAACCACACUCCACCCUCCCUGCCAAUGGGCUUUGAUGAGUGCCUCUAUGGCUCUGGUCCAGAGGAGGCUGGUCGGAGGAGCUAUGGGAGGACAGGCUCAUUAUAAUGGGUAGAAUGGAAUGAUGGAGCGGUAUCAAACGCAUCAAACAUAUGGAGACCACAUGUUUGACUACGUUCCAUUUAUUCCAUUCCAGCCAUUACAAUAAGCCUAUAGCUCCUCCCACAAGCCUCCUCAGCUUUAGUCCAUGUGUUUGUCUGCAUGGCCUUUUGGGUGAAUGCAUGGUCUGUUAUGGUCUACCUGUAUGCAUGGUACUCUUUUCCAUCCAUGUUCUGCCCUUCCUGUCCUAACUUCAGGGCCUCAUGGGCACAGCUGGACUGCGUUCAGGGUGACAUCAUCACUUGCAACUGCCAUGCGAGACACAACUCCAAACGAGAGGAAGGAAUAGUAGAAACAUGUCACACAAUUUGUAAUUGAAGACUGUAUAGUCCAAACCAUGUGAUUCUGAAAUCAGCCCUGCACAUUCCUUGCCAGUGGAAGGCCUGUGUGUGUGUGUGUGUGUGUGUGUGUGUGUGUGUGUGUGUGUGUGUGUGUGUGUGUGUGUGUGUGUGUGUGUGUGUGUGUGUGUGUGUGUGUGUGUGUGUGUGUGUGUGUGUGUGUGUGUGUGUGUGUGUGUGUGUUUGUUGCUUGUCUGAAUUCAGCUGUAAAUACAUUAAGCAUCAAA